GUUGAACUGCACGUAUCUAUCUUGGCAGCCAAGACUUCUUCAAGCGCUACCCUGAUGUCGAGUUCUGCUUCCGCGAGAGGGGCACCAACACCGGCUACUACAGGGCGACAGCGGAUGGCCGCUCGCUGUACAAGGUCCGGGAUCUGGAAUAGGUGAGGAGGGUUGGAAUAGGUUGGGCCAUAGGUUCAAAAAUUUCGUAUUUAGUCGCGGUACGGUCACGUCGAAGAAAGCAUCCCAGCGACUUUGAUUCGCAUCCGACGGCGGUUUCGAUGAUGCAACUCGACUGCACUCGCAAAUCUACUAAUGUUCCAGACUGCAAAAUAGUGUAUUGAAACCAAUAACUUGCAUUAGUAGAUCUCGGUGGCCGAAGCAACACAGAUAGCAACAACUCCGACACGGAAAAUGGUCAAGCUUGAGAAUGUUGUGAAGGAGGCGAUGACCACUGUGUCAAAGGUCAACGAGGCGAAGAGCAACAAGCGGCUGACGGUUCCGAUGGCCUCAAAUGCGCUUGGCUACAGGGGUGUGCUCAUCCUGCACUCCGUGAAGGGAGCUGCUGUGCUCGGCUACGAGCGCGGCCACGGGUUCGCGGUCAAGAUCUUGGGCUGGAACGACGACGGCACGCCGCAGCUGUCCGCGCCCGUGGUGGUGGAGCUGUCCAAGGUGGCCGUCGGCCUGUCUGUGGGCUAUAACGAGGUGUACAGUGUGGUGCUGUUCGAGAGCAGCACGCAGAUGGAGGCGCUCAUCACCGACGAGCAAGUCGUGCUGGGCAAGGAGUUCGACCUGUCGGGGUACACCAAGCACCCCGAUGACUCCAACAUCAACGUGCACAAGAGCACCAUGGCGGCCUUCAAGGACGAGACCAAGGUGAAGCCGGUGACGCUGUCGGUGGGCGACAGCCUCAUGAUCUGCGACCUGUCGCUGUACGGCGGCGCCAUGAACGUGGAGCGCACCCUGAUGAAGGAGGUGUACGGCGCCUCGGCAUCGGCCCACAGCUGCCUGCAGGGCAAGACCGAGACGCCGGAGGGUCUGCGCACGGCCAUGGCGCACAUCACCAAGACCCUGGGGCAGCUGCUGGGGCAGGAGGGCCACACCGGCAAGCCCGCCACCGCCGCGCCCGCUGCCGCUGAGCCGGCCGCUGAGCCGGCCGCCGUUGCCGCCGCGGAGCCCGCCGCCGCCCCCGCCGCCGCGGAGCCGGCUGCUGCCCCCGCGGCCGCCGCGGAGCCGGCCGCCGCACCCGCCGCGGCCGCGGAGCCAGCUGUUGCCGCUGCCCCGGCCGCCGCCGUGGAGGCCACCCCCAUGGAGCAGUGAACCAAGGGACGUGGCGCUGGCUCCUUAAGUGCUGGAAUGUAGGUUGCGGGAGGAAGUAAUGGCAGCGGCACGCCUGGAUGCGCCGGCCGUAUGUGUACGCCGCACACCACUGGGGGGGCGGGGGGGGGUUGUUUCUCGGAGCACCUAGCACACAUGCGAACGGCAAAUGAAAAUGUGCAGCAGGUGUUGUGAAUGGGACAGUGCGAUGGUUUCUGGUUUAUAUAGUCGGAGCUUUUGCAUGUCUUGACUGCUCUGUGUUUUGAGCCUUAGCACGGACAUCGGCAUGUCGGUCUAGGUAUGAGGGCGAGGUGCAGGGUUGUUUACACCGCCACGCUGAGGAGAAGCUGAAGUGCUCAUACUGCGAAGGGCGCUGUAUUGCGACAUGCGUCCCAUUCCCGGGAAGUCGAGCAGUGUACGGUCAGGAGUGGGGAGCCGAACAGUGGAAGGGUGACUAGGAUGGAGGCUGGACAUGGCGGGCGGGGCCCCAUCCUGCAGAUGUAAGUAU